UCCAUGUUUUUUGAGAAAUUUUGGAGGUUUCUGGGGCCGUUAUCGAAAAACCUUAGGAUUUUAAGGGAUACAUCUCGGGUCAUAUAAUGUCGUUCGAAACCAUAUAUUAUCAUUAUAUGUUGUCAUAAAUGUUCGUGGUAGAGUUGAAUUAAUGAAAUCGGUGCAAGUUAUAAAUCCAUAAUUUUUUUUUUUGAAAAUUCAUUUCGAUGCUACUUCAACUCAACGUACUACCAAUUUCCUUCUCUUCAUAUUUAUUCAUGACCAUUACCACUUGCACUGACUAGUUAGUUGAAAAUGACGAAGGAAAGUGAUACGGUGAAUGACUUUUCUUUUCUUUUUUUUUUUUUUUUUGGGUGGGUGGGGGUUGGGAGUCAAGGAAAAGGAAAACUAUUCCGAUAUGAAAUUCAAGAUAUUUCUAUCAAAUUUUAGCACAAGAAAACACAGGGGAUGCCCAGUUAAUCUCUUUGAUUGUUGUAGUUUGUCAAUCUAUUUCGCCAAUUCAGCAUUUUUUUUUUUUUUUUGGAUUAAAACAGGUUGUCGAAAAAAGAAUAAUUAAUUUGCAGAAUUAUUGGGAUAUAUGGCAAAUUUGCAAUCUUCAACUCCUGAUGUUGAAGUGUUGUUGUCUUGUUGAUGAUUUUGUCUUAAAACAUGCUAAUUAUUUAUAAUAUUAGUGAUGAGUGUAAUGUGAUGAGUCCUGAUGACUUAAUAUUACUUAUAUAUUAGUAUUUUGUAAUUGAAACAUUGCUUUUUAUUUUAUAUUUGGAGUGUAACGUGACGACUUAUUAUUAUUUAUAAUUAUAAUCUACGCAUUAUUAUUUUGUAAUUGAUAUUUUACACAGGCCCCCAUUUUAAGAUAUUGACAUAUUGUACAGGGCCCCAAAUAAAUUUUCUUGCCCCGCCCCUACCAAUAAUUAUCUGGAUAUUUUAAAUCAAGUGUAUUCCAGCCACAAAUGCAUUUCAACACCAUUAGACUAUUCUACGUACACUUAGACUCACCCCACAUAAAAAAGUCUUUUGCUAGUAGUGCUGUAAUUUACUUUGAGUUGCAAUUUUGUAAACAUGCAUCUUUCAUGGCUUCUCCUCUUACUCUCUUCAAUGGGUGCUAUCACAGUGUUGGUCGGAACCAACACUGUGAUAACACCCAAAAACAUGCUCACAACAACAAACACAACCAAACCCGGUUGCCAACGGAAAUGUGGCAACUUAACCAUCCCAUACCCCUUUGGCAUCGGUCAAAAUUGCUACUUGCAAGGCUCAUUCGGUAUCAUAUGCAACACUUCCUACAACCCUCCUAGAGCCUUCCCUGUAAUACCCUAUAGCGAUUUUGACAUCUUAGAUAUUACCGAGACUCAAAUAAUGAUCAGGACUACAAUUAUAGCCUCGCGUUGCCAAAAUUCGCAGGGGAAUGUAACCUUUGAGACAGGGAACUUAGAUAUGUGGGGUUCUCCUUUUACCAUCUCAAACACUGCAAACAAGCUCACUGUCAUUGGCUGUAAUAAUUACGCGGUAUUUAGUGGUUCCGGAGACACUGCAGAGAGCUACCAAAGGACUGGUUGCAUUUCAUUGUGUAGUAUUGAAACUGAGCCUGUUCCGGGUCAUUGUCCUGGAUUAGGAUGCUGCCAGGAUUCCGUUCCAUUUGGCUGGCAAGGGUUCACAAUAAGUCUUUUCGGAGUUGAAGAUGAACAAGGAGUUAAUUCAAUAGCCAGAUUCUUAUCUAAUCAGUCUUGUAGCUAUGCUUUCUAUGCUGAAAAAGGCAGCUUCAUCUUCGGUGGGGCUUCUGACUUGACACUGAAUAAUUUUGAUGUUGUUCGAAACAGAAUUAUGAAGCAACUUAAUAUGGUUCUCGAUUGGAACAUAAAACUCAAUACUUCCUGCAAAAUGGUGAAGAUGAGCAAUUCUAGUAUUAAUCCUUAUCUUUGUCAGUCAAAUACUAGAUGUAUUGAUACAGAGGAGGGAGGAUAUCGCUGCAGCUGCCUUCCUGGAUACGAGGGGAAUCCUUAUCUUAAGCCCGGUUGCACAGACAUCAAUGAGUGCAUUGCUGGUCCAAACAAUCCGUGUACCAUGGCUUGUGUUAACUCUCCGGGGAGUUACAAAUGCUCCUGUCCUCGUGGCUAUACUGGAGAUGGAUUAAAAUCCGGUAUUGGUUGUGUAAGGAUUAUUGAUAAGAGCUCAUCAGCCCUCAAUAAGUUCACUCUUGGACUAGGCAUAUCCUUGGGAAUAAUAAUUUUGCUCAUUGUUGCUUGGUGGUUUUCUACUAUAAUAAAAAGAAGAAGAAUCAUUAAGCAAAAGGCUAUAAAUUUUGAGCGAAAUGGUGGGUUACUAUUGCAACAACAAAUGGCUGCUGAUGAAAGUGUUGUGGCAGCAAUAAAAAUCUUCACCGUCGAAGAGUUAGAAAGAGCCACUGACCACUUCAUUGAGGAUAGAAUCCUCGGAAAGGGCGGCCAAGGUACAGUUUACAAGGGAAUGCUGAGUGAAGGAAGGAUUGUUGCCAUAAAAAUGUGCAAAGUUAUUGUUGAUCAAAAUCAGUGUGGAGAUUUUGUCAAUGAAGUCAUCAUAUUAUCAAAUAUUAAUCAUAGGAAUGUAGUGAAGUUAUUAGGAUGUUGUUUGGAACAUGAGGCCCCAUUACAAGUGUUUGAGUUUAUACCAAAUGGAACUCUGGAUCAUCAUAUUCAUAGUCCAAUCUCUGAAUUUCUAAUCACUUGGAGAAUGCGGUUGCAAAUUGCUUCCGAUUUAGCUGGAGCACUUUCUUAUUUACAUUCAUCGUCUUCUAUUCCUAUCUUCCAUAGAGACAUCAAAUCUUCCAACAUACUAUUGGAUGACAAAUACAGGGCAAAGUUAUCAGAUUUUGGGACUUCAAAGUCAGUUGCUAUAGAUCAAACCCAUGCAACUACUCGUGUUAUGGGAACAUUUGGUUAUUUGGAUCCAGAGUACUAUCUAUUAGGCCAGUAUACUGAAAAGAGUGAUGUUUAUAGUUUCGGGGUAGUUUUGGUUGAGCUUUUAACAGGACAAAAGGCAAUACGAAGUACACUAGAAGAAGAGAAAAGCUUGACAUCAUGGUUUCUUUCCCACAUGGAAAACUCUCGUUUACUUGAUAUCAUUGAUUCCCAAGUCGUGAAAGAGACUUCCAAGGAAGAAUUCCUCAUUAUUGCUGAAAUAGCAAAUCGUUGUCUGAACCUAGACAGAAACAGAAGACCCACCAUGAAAGAAGUUCUACUAGAGAUUGAGGCAGUGUUGUCACUUCAUUUGCCCCACGCAAACGAGCAAAUCGAGCCAAAAUCAAGGCAAAUGUUCAGUGAAACAAGUAAUGGUGUUUUUUUUAGUCCUAGCACUUUUUACUUGGAAAAUAGCUCUUCAAGCUCUGCUGAUGUAUCUUUACUAAACAACCCAAGGUGAUUCGGUUUAACACUGAUGAAUUACUACUCUUAUGUAUUUCCCUCAACAUUAUGCGCCUACAAUUACUAACUCCCAAAUUACAAUCUCUUCUCCAAGCUUUCCGUAAGUAGGUUCUUUUUAUGCUUACAUGAAUUAAUAGCUCCAACUGUGGGAAGUAUAUUAUAUCUUUAUCUGCCAAAAACUUGUGAAACAAUACUGUACUUCGCUUUGCACACUAUUUGUCAAUAAAAUCUAUGGAUGGUUCAAUGGUAUUGCUAUAUAUAUUC